AUGCAGACUGCCAGAAGAGUCGCCUUUGGCCUGCUCGCCGCUGCCGCGGUGGCCAGUGCCUCGGAUGUCCACGAGCUCACCAAGGACACCUUCAACGACUUCGUCAAGUCCAACGACCUCGUCCUCGCCGAGUUCUUCGCCCCGUGGUGCGGUCACUGCAAGGCCCUUGCCCCCGAGUACGAGGAGGCUGCCACCCAGCUCAAGGAGAAGAACAUCAAGCUCGCCAAGGUCGACUGCACCGAGGAGGCUGAGCUCUGCCAGUCCUUUGGUGUCGAGGGUUACCCUACCCUCAAGGUCUUCCGUGGCCCUGACAACAUCUCUCCCUACUCGGGCCAGCGCAAGGCUCCUGCGAUCACAUCUUACAUGAUCAAGCAGUCUCUGCCUGCCGUCUCUGCCCUCACUGCCGAGACUUUUGAGGACUUCAAGAACUCUGACAAGGUUGUCCUCGUCGCCUACAUCGAUGCCGCCGACUCGGCCAGCACUGAUGCCUACACCGCUAUUGCCGAGAAGCUCCGCGAGGAGUACCUCUUCGGCUCCACCAGCGAUGCCGACCUGAUUGCCUCUGCCGGUGUCACUGCUCCCGCCAUUGUCCUUUACAAGUCAUUCGACGAGGGCAAGGUUGUCUACACUGACAAGAUCGAGGAGGAGGCUCUGACUGCCUGGGCCAAGACUGCCUCCACCCCUCUCAUCGGCGAGGUCGGCCCCGAGACCUACUCCGGCUACAUGUCUGCCGGCAUCCCCCUUGCUUACAUCUUCUCCGAGUCCGAGGAGGAGCGCAAGGAGUUCGGCGACGCUCUCAAGACCCUUGCUGAGAAGUACAAGGGCAAGAUCAACUUCGCCACCAUUGACGCUAAGCUGUACGGUGCCCACGCUGGUAACCUCAACCUGCCCACCGACAAGUUCCCCUCUUUCGCCCUCCAGGACACCGUCAAGAACCAGAAGUUCCCCUUCUCCCAGGACUCUGCUCUUACUGCCGAGGCCAUCACCAAGUUCGUCGAGGAGUUCGUUGCUGGCAAGAUUGAGCCCAGCGUCAAGUCCGAGCCCAUCCCCGAGACUCAGGACAGCCCCGUUACCGUUGUCGUUGGCAAGAGCUACGAGGACAUUGUUCUCGACGACACCAAGGACGUCCUGAUUGAGUUCUACGCCCCGUGGUGCGGUCACUGCAAGGCUCUUGCUCCCAAGUACGAGGAGCUCGGUGCCCUGUACGCCAACUCGGAGUUCAAGGACAAGGUCGUCAUCGCCAAGGUUGACGCCACCGCCAACGACGUUCCUGAUGAGAUCCAGGGCUUCCCUACCAUCAAGCUCUACGCUGCUGGUGCCAAGGGCGAGCCCGUUACCUACAGCGGCUCUCGCACCGUUGAGGAUCUGAUUGAGUUCAUUGCCAAGAACGGCAAGUACGAGGCCGCCGUCUCGCCUGCGGUUGAGGCUGACGAGGCCGAGACUCCCGUCGCUCCCGCUGCCACCGAGUCUGAGGAGGCCGAGGCCGCCGAGACUCACGAUGAGUUGUAA